CGGCCAACUGACUGGUCUUCGGGUCACCAGCGAAACCGCGUUCCUGCCGGCCUAUCAACCGUUAUAAGCUUUUCAUCCUCUUCUUCUUCUUCUUCCUUUAGUUAGAUUAGCCCAGGACCAAUCUCUCUAACUACUGGGGAUGGCUAGACUAGAAAAAGAAACAUUUCUCCUCUUCUUCUUCAUCCUCCUUAUUUCCAUAGACGCCGCGGAAGCCAGCAAAGGCGAUUGCUUGAAUUCCAAGUGCAGCGACUCAGGCCCUGAGAUAAGGUUCCCCUUCCGGCUAAAAAGCCAGCCCCAGCACUGUGGCUAUCCAGGGUUCGAGCUCUCUUGCAAGGGAAAUCAUACCGUCCUCGACCUUCCAUACUCGGGAGAGUUCUACCUGAACAGCAUCGAUUACGAAUUCGGGGUGCUAUACAUCGAAGACCCAGAUGGCUGCCUUGCAAGGCGCCUUCUCUCUCGCCCUCUCAACCUCUCUUCUUCUAUUUUCUACGGUUCAAGUAACUAUUAUUACACGAUCAUGAACUGUCCAUCACCACAUUCAAUUAACCAAAUGGUCUAUACAGUCUCUUGCCUGAAUAGCCCUGGCCACUAUGUUUACGCCAUUAAUGAUUGGAAUACAAUGGGACAGAUGCUCAAUCUGUCUUGCAAUAACACUGGAACCAUUGCAUUUGAUAUUCCGUAUUUAGGUUUGACAUGGGUGUCACGGAACGAUAUACCCAGAUGCAGAGAGUGUGAAUUUCAGAACCGUCGAUGCAGAUUCAAAAGCAGUGGAACCAGUAAUGAAACAGAAUGCUACGUCUGGCCACCCAAAGGUGGGUGGCUAAAGCCGUUAAUUAUUGGUGUAUGCAUAGGAGGUUUUGUUAUCCUAGCAGCAGCAGUUGCAACUAUUAAGGUCUACAGUAUGUGGAAAACAGAUCUAAAGAGGGAAAAAGAAAAUCAAAUCAAGAUUGAAAAGUUCUUAAAAGAGUACAAAUAUCUCAAGCCCACGAGAUAUACUUAUGCGGAUAUUAAAAGGAUGACUAAACAAUUCAAGAGAAAAUUAGGUCGAGGAGGUUUUGGUAGCGUUUUCAAAGGGAAACUUCGGAACGGAACUUUGGUUGCAGUUAAGGUACUUGAGAAGUACAAGGGCAAUGGAGAAGACUUCAUUAAUGAGGUGAGUACCAUUGGUAAAAUUCACCACAUCAAUGUGGUUAGCCUUCUCGGCUUCUGUGCGGAGGGAUCCAACAGAGCCCUGGUCUACGAAUUCAUGCCAAACAGAUCGCUCGAUAAAUUCAUUUUCUCGGUGGUGGAAAAUACAAGGGUGUUGCUUGGUUGGGAGAAGCUUUGUGACAUUGCUAUUGGCAUUGGUAGAGGAAUUGAAUAUCUUCAUCAGGGAUGCGACCAACGCAUCCUUCAUUUUGAUAUCAAGCCCCACAACAUUUUGCUGGAUGAUAACUUCAAUCCCAAGAUUUCCGAUUUCGGCCUAGCCAAGUUAUGCUCCAAGGUAGAAAGUGUUGUGUCCAUGACUGCAGCCAGAGGGACAAUGGGUUACAUUGCGCCCGAAGUGUUUUCAAGGAACUUUGGAAACGUCUCUUAUAAAUCAGAUGUUUAUAGUUUUGGGAUGUUGUUGCUUGAAAUGGUUGGAGGAAGGAAGAACAUUGAUGCUCAGGUGGAAAACGCUAGCCAAGUGUAUUUCCCAGAAUGGAUCUAUAAUCGUCUAAUCCAAGGAGAAGAAAUGGGGAUUAGAGUAGAAGUAGAGGGUGAUGUUGAGAUAGCAAAGAAACUAACGGUUGUGGCGCUCUGGUGCAUACAGUGGUAUCCUGUAGAUCGCCCUUCUAUGAAGAAUGUGAUCCAAAUGUUGGAAGGUGGCCUAGGGAGCUUGAACAUGCCGCCCAACCCUUUUCCUUCCAAUGCUCCACCUCCACCACCAAAGACGACCACACCUUCCCAUGAAAACCCUCAUCAAUCGGUUUUAACGGUGAUUUCCGAAAUAGAGUAAGAGCGUACAAUCUGGUCACCUUGACGGUGAAAAUACUCACUUGAAAUAUGAUAAUGGCAUUAGAUGAUGCUAUGAGGAAUUAAGCUAAUUUGUAAUUUGUAAUUUUCAGAUGGUGCUUAGUAGUACUUCGGAAAAAUAACUAUUUGGGCGGUCCAACAGGAUAGGCUUGUUCGGUCCAAUUCAUGUAUAAUGUUAUUGGAUAGGGACUUUGCCAUCAGGCUCAGGGACUCACCUUACUGGAUGCAUGGCUUGGAUCUCAUGCCCGUCUGCCAUGCUGGCACAUGUGGUGGUUUCUAGAUGGGAUGCCUUAGACACGGAUACUGGCUUAGCAAACGUGUAGAAGAUAAUCUUUGUUACGAACGAAGUUCUACAUGCAAAUAGAAAUUAUUAUUGUGUGCUUCA